AGUGGAUCCACGCUGUCAGUAUGGAGUAAAUCUAGAAACACACUCCAGGACAGAAUCAGCAGGAUCCGAUGGGGGGAAACAAUCCAAGCCGCUGCUCUGUGGAGGAUGAAGAAGGAGGAGGAGUAACCUUUAUAAAAGGCAUAAGGCUUUCAGACAGAGUAAUCAACCGGAUGAAGCUUUCCUCCAAGGCCAGCUAUCACCUCUCACCUGAACCACAAACCCAGGAGGGCGCCCCCAUUCCUGCCCCAUCGGCUGAACAAUUGUUACCUCUCCUGACUCCAUCACCUCCAACCAUACUCACUCCUCCCACUCCCACACAGGAAGCUGUCCCCACCCCUCCUCCUGUGAAGCUCACCCCCCCUCCUCCUGUGAGGUUCCACUCCCUUCCUCUGACCUCACUGGAUUCUGCAUCAACGCCUCCAUCUGCCUCUUCUUUAAAGACUGAAAACAGUGAAGCGUCUGAAUCUCUCACUCCACCAUCUGCAGAAGAACCAAUAGCCCCUCCACCUGAAUCCACCUCAGCUCAUAAAGAGACACAGACUACACCUCAGAUCAAAGAAGAAAUAAAGAAACCACUCAUUAUCGCCCAAAGCGGGAAGCCAGCUGAUCCUCCUAAAUCUGCUGCUAGAUCGUCUCCACAAAGCCAAACCAUUGAGGUUUCUACGAGUUUUGAGUCUCAACCAGUUAAACCAGUAACCUCAGACCAAGCUUUGGCCAGGUCCUCUCCCUCAGAAGCACAGGCGGCUCCUGCUGCAGAACUACAUUCCACCUCAUCUCCAUCUCCUCCAGACCCGUCUGCAGAUGGAUCCGCACCGUCAUGUCAGUCUGAAAUGGUCCACAGCCAUAAACCUGGAAAUGUGCAGCUGCAAGCAUCACCUCCUAAUGCACCAGCUAGCCAACCUGACACUGCGCCACCACCUGCAGCAGUAGUAGAAGAGGACCUGAGGAGGAGGAUCAGAGCAGAGCUGCAGGAAAGUCUAGAGGAGGAGAUCAGCAAGAAGAAACUGGAGCUCCAGCAUCAGCUUGAAGAAAUCCAGGCCCUGACCCGAGCUGAGGCGACGGCGGCAGCUCAUGCUGAGGCGGUGGAGCAGGUGAAAAAGACCUUGGAGGCAGAGAAAGCGUUGCACCUGCAGAAGCUGACAGCGUCCAUGGCGACGGAGAAAAUGCAGGCAGAGGAUGAGAAGCUCAGGUUGCAGCUUUAUGCGCAGCAGCUGGAGGAGAAAGAGAAGGAGAUGAAGAAGAAGGAUGAGCUCUACAAGCAGCACGUCUCCAAGCUUGAAGCAAAGUGUGUAGAGUUUUACAAAGUUUCAGCUGAAAACUUCCAGAAAGGCAAAGAGGAAACUAAUGAGCGUUUUGCACGUUUUCACACCCAGCCUCUCUGUGGAGACCUUCAGGGUCAGAUCCUGAGAUGCUACAAGGAGAACCCAAGGAGAACGUUGACUUGCUCAGCUAUUGCAUCAGCCUACAUGCAGUGUGUGGACAACGCCAAGAAAGAUAAACUGAUCACUGGAGGUUAAAGUCAAGAAAAAAUUGCUGCGAUAAAAGAGAAAUGGACUCAAAUCAAUAAAUACACUGAGAAAUAAAAA